AUGAUGGCGCUGCUCGUUAUAGUCACGGUGGUGCUGUGUGUGAGCACGUGGUAUGCAGCGGGCAAGAUGUACAGCGACUCCCUCGAUGACAUCGCCACACAGUUGCGCCAGAAGUCCCUGGUGCGGGUGCACCAGCAGUUCCUGCUCUACAUCAACCGCGACCGCGACGUGCUGCUCGCCUUCGCCUCGGUGGUGGAGAACCUGCUGGCGCAGACCAACACGUCUGUCGUGGGACUCAAUUAUGCGCAGAAGCAGAUCGCCCCUCUAGCAUGGUCAUUCUUCCAGUCGUCCCUCCCGCGCCUCACAAUUCUCGGCUACUUCUCCCACUUCGGAUGCCUCGUCUCCUACUCUCAAACCGACCCUGUCACCCAGUCGUUCUCAGCCACCCCUGGCGGCGCCGUGUCUCAGGUCUACACUAAGAAUCUCACUGACAUCACAGGCCGAUGGUACAUCCAGGCAGUUAACACCUCCACCGGAUCCGCCCUCCCCCAGCAUCCGCCGCAGAACUUCACGCCAGUGCCCAUCGGGUCCCCAACCGUCUAUGACAGCGUUGCCAGCGGCCCUCCAGGCCUGCUUCUCUGGUCCUUCAAUGCCGUUCAGAACCUCUCUGGAUCGCUCUUACUCGCGUCUGUUGCUGUCAGGGGUGCAGAGCAGAGGAAAGCGAUUGGGCAGGAUGUUGGGGGGGAUGAGUGGUGGGACGUGGGUGGGGGAGCAGGGGUGAGAGGGGUGGUGGGGAGUGUGGAAGGGAGUGGGGGAGUUAGUGGGGGAGGGAGUGGGGGAGUUAGCACAGUGAACCGCUACCUGGGGCUGUCAGGCACAGACAGCAGCGUCAUGUACAUCUGCAGCAGCGACGGGUUUCUCGUUGCCACCUCCACCAACGCCGCCACCACCGCCAUGGCCACCCCCUCUGGGAAUGCUGGGUCUGGUGUAGAUGCAUCUCCUCCUGGUGGGGUGAGCCAAGGAGGGGCGGGGGUGUCGGGGAAUGCAACGGGAGGAGGGACGGGGGGAACGGGGGGAACUGGGGGAACUGGGGGAACGGGGCAACCGCCGCCGCUGCCGGAGGGUUUUGAAGGGCCGGGGGCCGGGCAGGCGAUGCCGGUGCUGGUGAACGCUACGCAGGUGUCGGAUGCGGUGAUUGCCGACACAGCGCGGUACCUGGAGGCGCGGUUUGGGCUGCCGGCGCUGGUGGCGGGGAAUUACUCGGUGGGCGGUGUGAUGGUGAAUGGAGAGGAGUGCUUCGUGAGCACCAUGGCUCUCAGCUUUGACAACCUCAACAUGUACCUGGCGAUCAUCAUGCCGCGUGCGUCCAUAACAGCAUCAAUAGAAUCAAAGCAGCGCAUCAUGGUCAUUGUCACCACGGCAGUGGCCCUCUGCCUGCUGCUCAUCGGCUGGGCCGUGGUGAUCUUCUUGACGCUCUAUGUGGACACGCGCAUGCGCCCCAAGGAGGAGCUGCAGCGCCAGAUGGAGGAGACUCAGAGAGCGCAGGCUGCCUCCGAGGUCAAGAGCCAGUUUCUUGCCAACAUCUCCCACGAUCUUAGGACUCCUAUGGCUGGCAUUCUAGGCCUACUGGACAUCAUGCUGUGCGACCACCUGUCAUCGGAGCAGGAGGCCAAUCUGCGCCAGAUGAAGUCCUGCUGUGCCUCUCUCCUCGGGCUCCUCAACAACCUGCUCGACCUUGCCAAGGUGGAGGCAGGCAAGAUGCAGCUGGAGGUGCUCGAGUUUGACAUAGUGGGCGAGCUCGAGUCGCUGGUGGACAUGUUCAGUGUGCAGGGGCUCAGCAACGGCACCGAGAUCGCCCUUGAUCUCUCUGACGACAUCGAUCGGACGGUCAAGGGCGACCCGUCUCGCGUCAGACAGGUGUUCGCGAAUCUACUCAGCAAUGCGUGCAAGUUCACCAAGAACGGGCAGGUGGUGGUGAGGGGGUGGGUGAGGGACAGGCCCCCCCCGCAGCUGGCGAAGCAGGACCUCUCCAUCCCGGGGGAGAAGGGCAAGCCGCCCCCGCAGCUGGCCAAGCAAGACCUCUCCAUCCCGGGGGAGAAGGGCAAGGAGCAGGGUGUGGCAGGCAGCGGCAAGGCGCGGCACACAGUGGCGUUCAUGUUCGAGCAGGCGCCACAGCAGGUCCAAGAGCCGCGAUGCCAACAGCACAGAGGCAGACGCAGCGGGAGCAGCGGGAGUGGCGGGGGCGGGCGUGGGGGGGAGAGCAGGGUGGGCGGCAAGGGGCGGCGCACAGUGGCGUUCAUGUUUGAGGUGGAUGACACGGGGCCGGGCAUCCCUCCUCCUUACUCUCCUUCCCUCUUCUCCCCUCUCUGCCUUCUCUCCUCUCUGCCCUUCCUUCCUCCCCAUCCCUUCUCCCCCAGCAGCAGGCGGCACAGCAGGUCCAAGAGUCGUGAUGUGGACAAUACAGCAGCAGACGCAGGGGGAGGAGGGGUGGGGGCGGGGGUGGGAGGGGUGGGAGGGGAGCAGCAGGUGGGCGGCAAGGGGCGGCGCACAGUGGCGUUCAUGUUUGAGGUGGAUGACACGGGGCCGGGCAUUCCCGUGCACAAGCGGGAGUCCAUCUUUGAGAACUUCCAGCAAGCUGACGUUUCCACUGCCCGCACACACGGUGGCACAGGGCUCGGUCUGGGAAUAGUUCGCUCCCUGGUGAAUCUGAUGGGCGGGUCAAUAGCCGUGGUGGACAAGGAUGGGCAGGGGGCGCGGUUCCGCUUCGACAUGCGGUUUGAAGCGGUGGAGGGCGGUGGAGGGUGGCACAACAGUAUGCUUCAGCCGGAGCUGCUGCUGCCCAAGCUGACUGCCGUGGAGGGCGGGCAGGUGCUGCUUGCAAUGAAGGAAGACAGCGCCGGGGCGGCCAUAGCCACCGCCUGGAUGGAGCGCCGCAAGCUCAAGGUGUGGCGUGCGCACACGUGGCAGGAGAUCAUGCCAGCUGUCGCCUCCAUACUGAUCCAGAAGUCGGCCGCCUCGCAGCCCCCCCGCGCCUCGCGCUCCCUCGUGGGCUUCUCUGCUCCGCUCAUGCGCAGCUUCACAGCUCUGAGAGGGGGAGGAGGAGGGGAGAAGGGGGAGAAAGGGGAGAAAGGGGAGAAGGGGGAGAGGGGAGGGGAGAAGGGGGAGAGAGGGGGGAUUGCUGCUGCGGGUGGAGUGGUGGGGGGAGGAGGAGUGGGAGGUGGUAGUUUUGGCGCCGGUGGUGGUGGCAGCAGCAGCAAUGGUGGUGGUGGUGGAGGUGGUGGUGGUGUUGGGAGUGGUGCGGGUGGGUUCAGUCCGAUGGUGGAUAAAGCGAGGUCGGCUGUAGGCUGGCGCAGCCCCUCCCCUCGAUCCCACGACUCCUUACCAGUACCUGUGGUGCCAUCCCCCGCUGCUGUAGCAGCAGCUGUGGCAGCGGCUGUAGCAGCAGUGCCAGGCGGACCUGGGGGAGGGGGAGGGGAAGGGGGAGGGGGGACAGGUGGGACCUCCCCUAGACCUUUCACCCCUGAUCAGACCCCCCUGUCAGGGCCUAUGCAGGUGCAGAUGGGGCAGGUGGUAUCUGAAUCAGGCGCACCUGGGCAGGGGCAGAGAGAGGUUUGGAACCGGCUUCCCUCGCCCUCCCAUCCUCUGGGCAACGGGCGCAUUCUGAGCAGCCCUGGGCGCUGCUUUGGCAGCCCUGCUGCUGCAAGCACUUUCGGUGACAGCGAGGAGGGGGAGGUUGGGGAUGGGGGAGCGGGGGAGGGGGCGGAAGGGGGGAAAGGAGGAGGGGGAGGAGGAGGGUUUGCGGGAGGGAGGGCGAUGGGGAUGGUGAAGAGUUUUGGCAGCAGCAGCAGCAGGUUGCUGGGGCGUGGUCUGAGCACCAAGUCCCGUCGGUCACUGGAGAAGCAGGGUAGCAGCCGUGGCUCAGACCAGGAUCCCUCCUUUUCCAGCCACGGCUCUGCCUCCACCACCACCCCACUCGCUUCUGCUGAUGCCGGUCCCGCUGGCACUGGUGCUGCUGCUGGUGGUGCGCUAGGCACGCCCCCCAAUGGUCUCGCAUCGCUGUCCUUUGACGGGACAAUGGGCAGGGAGCAGCAGGGUCUGUUGAGUGGGCCGUUAGCUCAUGAGAGCAUUGGCUCGCGGUCGCUCGGAGCGGGGUUGCUUGGAGGGAGAGGGGGGGCGGGGGGCGUGGGGUCGGACAAGGAUGGCUCGAUUGCUGCUGCUGCCGCCGCCGCUGUUGCUGCGGUUGAAUCAGAAGGUGCUGACACUGGUGGCGCUGGUGCUGGUGGUGUUGCUGCUGGUGCUGCUGCUGCUGCUGGUGCUGCUCCCGCUGCUGCCACAGCUUCCCGUGGAUCCUUCCUCUCUGCCGCAUCCCCUUCCCGGGUCGUCCCGGCAUCCCCAUCCCGGCUCAUCCCAGCCUCCCCUCCUUCUUCAGCAGCAGCCCAAGCAUCCUCCUCCUCCUCUACAGCCCGGCCGGCAUCGAAGCUGAUGCUGGCGGUGAUAGACGUGUCAAUUGUGCCCAGCGUGCACCAGUUCAUAGCGGAAGAACUCCAUAUAUUUCGCGCGCGCCUGCAGCACCAGGGGUUCGUGAUCGCGUGGUUGGUCGAGCACAACACCUCGGCGGAUACCAGGAGGGCGCUCAGAAGGUCGGGGUGUGCAGUGGCGUCCAAGCCCCUCUAUGCGUCGCGCAUGGCCCCUCUCCUCGCCCUCGCCACUGCCAGGAACAGUGUUCCGCACUCGAGCUCGCAAAUUGACAUGCCGCGCACGUUUGGUGGGAGGGGUGGGCGAGGGGCAGAUGGGGGAGGCGAAGGGGGGGGCUCGCAGUGGCAUCAUGGAGAGCCCAACGAGCAGGCGUGGGGGCUGCCAGUGCCAGCAGAGGAGGACGAGUCAGCCGACUCCCCAGCAGCCUCAUCCACAACGCUGCGCAACACGGCUGCCGUCUCCGUCCCCUUCUCCCCCUGUCCUCGCCCCUCCGCCUCCACCCCCACUACCGCCACCGCUGCUGGUUCUGCCGCUGGUGGUUCUACCGCUGGUGGGGGGGGAGCGGCUGUGUCUGGGUACCCGCCUCCCUCGGGUCGCGGACCCCCCCUCCCCUCCCCCCACGCUGCUGCUGCUGCCUCCCCACACGGCCUCCCUUCCGGCCGGCCCCCGAUUCCCUCGGCGGCGAGUGUGGAAGGCCCCGGCCCGGCCCUAAGUGACGGUGCUACUGGUGCUGGUGCUGGUACUGGCUCUCCUGCGCAGGGAGGAGCAGCGGGAGCAGCAGGGGUGUUGGAGUCGUCUCCUGGCUCGCGGUCAGGGAGGACGCGGCCAGUCAACAGCGGGCUCAAGAAAGGGGUCAUUGGUGCUGGUGCUCAUGCUGGUGUUGCUGGUGUUGCCUCGCUGGGGCCCGGACGGCCAGCAGCAGCAGCGGGAGCAGCGGGAGCAGCAGGGGGGGUGUUGGAGUCGUCUCCUGGCUCGCGGUCAGGGAGGACACGGCCAGUCAACAGCAGGCUCAAGAAAGGGGCGUCCUUCUCUGAGGGCUCGUUUGACAACGCGCUGAGGGGCAAGCGGGUGCUGAUCGCUGAAGACACGGCUCUGCUGCGCAAGGUGGCCAUAAUCCGAAUGCAGAAGCUAGGCUGUGAGGUGGAGGCGGUGUGUGACGGGCAGCAGGCAGUCGAUGCGGUGCUGGCCACCUACGCCAGCAACACAGGGCGGUUCGAUGCGGUGCUCAUGGAUUGCCAGCAGCCAGUGGAUGCGGUGUUGGCCACCUAUGCCAGCAAUGCAGGGCGGUUCGAUGCGGCGCUCAUGGAUUGCCAGGUAGUGUGUGACGAGCAGCAGGCAGUGGAUGCAGUGUUGGCCACCUACGCCAGCAAUAUGGGGCGGUUCGAUGCGGUGCUCAUGGAUUGCCAGAUGCCUGUGCUGGACGGGUAUGGAGCCACAGCAGCCAUCAGAGUGGGGGAGGCAGGCAACAAGAUGCCUGUACUGGACGGGUAUGGGGCGACAGCAGCCAUCAGGGCAGGGGAGGCGGGGACGCCCUUCCACCCGCCCGUAGUGGCGCUCAUAGCCCACGCCAUGACCAGCAACCAACCACCGCAAGUGGUGCCUCCUUGCUUCUCCCACCCUCCUUCUUUUCCCUUCCUCCGUCACGCCCUCUCUUUCGUCCCUCCUUUCCCCUCUCCCCCUUCUGCCCUACCCCUUUCCUCCUUCCUCCCCCCGGCCCACCAGAUGCCUGUGCUGGACGGGUAUGGAGCCACAGCAGCCAUCAGGGCAGGAGAGGUGGACACACCUUUCCACACGCCCAUAGUGGCCCUCACAGCCCACGCCAUGACCAGCGAUCACCGCAAGUGCCUGGAUGCGGGCAUGGAUGCUUACCUUACCAAACCCAUCGAUCCUGCACUCAUGUCCCACACUCUUCUAGGCCUCAUGGCGAAACACCCCGUAGCUGCUGCUGCUGCUCCUCCUCCUGCCGCUGCUGCUGAUUCCUGA